AUGCACUCUGGCACCACCAUCCAGAACAACAACCCCACCACCAGCAUGAGUGUCCCUCAGCCCCAGGCUGGUGCAAUUAACUACGCUUCGGUUGAAAUCAUGAGCCCUCGGCCAACUCGGCGAGUGAACAUUAACGUUUUCAACCCCAUCGAAGAGAUGGAAGAGCCUGCUCCGGAGCGUCCCAUAACCAAGAGGGUCCGCUUCGCACCAACCCCCGAGCUGGUUACUUAUAUCCCAACCACCAACACUUGGGAUACCAAUCCUCAGUCCAACCCUGAAAUAGACUCCGGUUAUGAAACCGCUUUAUAUGAGUUUGGGUUCGACAAUGAACAUCGUGUUCGUCGAGUCCGCUUCGCGGAAGAGGUCACCAUCAUACCAAACAAAAUAGAAAGACACGUUCAUUGGCCCACUGACUCGGAGCUCGCCUCAUUCAUCCCAGAUGUUGAGUACUCUGACGAGGCCCCAGUGAAGAAGGUCCGCUUCGCAGCAUCGCCGGACCUGGUGACAUACAUCCCCGACGACUCUUCCGUCGAAGAUGACUCUGAGUUUGAAUAUAACAACAACAACUCCUCCGAGCAUGGCAGCCCUGGCUCCCAUGUCCAUUUUUCCCCAGAGCCAGCCGAGCGCCGCUCAACCCAAGUCGACACUCUCUACGACACUGAAGCUGGAGAGGAACUUCCACGCCCUGACAGCGCGUACACCUACCCACGCCUGCGGAGCGUUAUUGAUCGCACACCCACUCCUCCAGCUUAUGUGCCUCUGUCUAUCCUUAGCUCGGCACAGGUCCAAGAAGAGGAAGACGUGAUUGAGAGAGUCUGGGACGACGAAGUAUCCUUAGAGGGGUCUCGCAAUGCGAGUGAGCUUGACCGCACCGAGACCUUCGAGGACUUUGUCUACUUGGCUACACACUCGAAGAAGAGAAAGAGAAGAAUGAGAAGGGCCUUUGCUGGUGUUGUUGCAAGGCUGUCGAAGAUUGGGAAGAAAAAGCGAACUAUUGAUGAUGUUUAUUGCUGGGCGUGA